UUCAUCUGAACAAGCAUGAAAUGACUGCUUGCAAUGACCGUGGUUAUUUUAUCAGUACUUUCUUACCCUACAUCUAAAAGGACUUUGAAUUGUUAUAUAAGAAAUGAAGAUGAGACAUUCACCCAGAACAUAUUUCCUAACUGUCACUUGACAUGGAGGAUGGUAAAAUACGAAUCCGCACCAUUUGCUGCUCAAUGUUUACAUUUUAUAUCUGGUUAAAUGGCAUUGCUGACUCUAUGCAACCAGUGAGGUCAACUGGACCAAAUGUCCUCUUCUUGGUCGUGGAUGACCUACGGCCUGCAUUGGGUUGCUAUGGAAACAAGGAGGUCCACACACCAAACAUUGACAACUUGGCAAGACAGUCAUUUAAGUUCAACAAUGCAUUUGUGCAGCAAGCCCUUUGUGGACCAAGCAGAAAUUCCUUCCUGACAAGUCGCAGACCAGAUACGCUCAGGGUGUACGACUCUCACUCAUACUGGCGCAAAACAUCUGGAAACUUUGUCACUCUUCCACAACAUUUCAAGAACAAUGGUUAUAUAUCUGUGUCUGCUGGAAAAGUUUUUCAUCCUGGUGCAUCAUCGGGUGGGGAUGAUGAUUACCCCCACAGUUGGACCCUCCCUCCCUACCACCCAUCAACAAUUAAAUACAGGAUGGAGAAGGUAUGUCCUGGUCCAAAUGGCACGAAGGGCAUGAAUCUCAUUUGUCCUGUAGAUGUCUCCACUCAACCAGAGUGGACGCUACCUGAUAUCCAGACAGCGAACUAUGUUAAGUCUUUUAUCAAGAACAUCACUGAAACAUUGCAUAAGCCUUUCUUUUUGGCUGUGGGCUUUCAUAAACCACAUAUACCCUUCAAGUUUCCUAAGGAAUAUUUGAAACUGUACCCUUUGUCCAACGUAAGUCUUGCCCCGGACCCUUCCAUCCCAUCGGGUCUUCCUUCAGAUGCCUGGAACCCAUGGACAGACCUCAGGAAAAGGGAUGAUGUAAAGGCUCUCAACCUCAGCUUUCCAUAUGGUCCCAUACCAAAAGAUUUCCAAAUGCUGAUUCGUCAGAGCUACUAUGCUGCCACCACAUACAUGGAUGCCCAAGUUGGGAAGGUUUUACAUGCUUUAGACAUGUAUCAUCUGUCCCACAAUACCAUUAUAAUACUACUAGGAGAUCAUGGUUGGUCUUUGGGUGAACAUGGCGAGUGGGCCAAGUACAGUAACUUUGAGGUAGCAGUUAAGUCUCCACUCUUGAUCCACGUGCCAAAUAUGACAGUGCCUUACUCACAUAAAGGAGAGAAGUUCCCUUUCAUUGAUGUACUAUUAGGGAUAAGUUCUCAGGAAUCACAAAACACAUUCAGGAGAAGUCCUAGUAAAGCUGCUUCACUUUUUUCACAAAUCCAAAACGGUGAUGUAUUAAAGAAAAUGAACUUAAGAAGAUUAACUUCACAACUUGCUGAAAACAAUUUUAAAGGCAGAAAAAGUUUGGAUGUGCACCAUUCCAGAAAUCCUGGAACUUUCAAUGGAAACGAGUAUGUAGCAGGCAAGAAUGGAACUGGUUAUGAGAUAGAUGCGUUAGUUGAGUUUGUGGACAUUUUCCCAACUGUUUCUGAUUUGGCUGGUUUGCGGGUUCCACCUCUCUGCCCAAAAUCCCCGUGGGUUCACCUAAUUCCUCUUUGUACAGAGGGAACAAGUUUGACACCCCUGAUGAGAAAUUUAACUAGGAUCAGGCAAAGUGGUGUGUCGAGUAGAUACACUCUAAAGUGGAAAAAUGCUACUUUUAGUCAGUAUCCUCGCCCUUCUGACAUUCCCCAAAAGAAUAGCGAUGAGCCACGAGUGUCAGAUAUAAAAAUUAUGGGAUACAGCAUGAGAACUGACAAAUACAGGUAUACAGAGUGGGUGGGCUUUGACGGUCACCAUGCCAGAGCUAACUGGUCAGACGUCCAUGCAAGGGAGUUGUAUUUGAGAGAAAGUGACCCAUUAGAGGAUCAUAACAUGGCCAACUUUACUAAAUACAAACCACUGGUACAGGAGUUCUCUGAUCUUUUAAAGAAAGGCUGGAGGAAUGCAUUUCCAGGUUUUGGAAAUUGAUUUAUAAUCUAUUUUUUUUUUUUUUUUU